CACGAUAUGCGUUCGGAAUGCACCGUCUAGUUAAAUCAGGAGCGAAUUUAAUUCAGUCUACUUAAAACACUAUUGCCAGUAACCAUGAAAGAUCUACGAUACCUCAAAGAGGUGCUGAAAAGUGCUGUGAGUGAUGCUGAUUCUUGUGAUACUCCUUGGGUUAAACUUGGGGAUAAAAUUAAAGGAAUUUUAGCUCUUGAUGUUUUCAAGAACUUUGAUGAACAAGUUUCACGUCUACAAGAAGCUUUGGACACCCUUGGAGUGAAUUUUGUGCCAUCCAUAUACAGCUUUUUAACAAAAUUGUUUGCUGAAACUGACGAGAAAACUAGACAGCAACAUUUCCACGAAUUGCUUGACUGGUGCUUCACAGAGUUGCAACCACAGAAGUCUAUUACACGCUCAGAGUUCGAACGAGACACUAAACUGCUGCUCCCUCUAGUGAAACUGGAAACAAUCUUGAAAAAUCUGGAAAAUCAGGAGCUUAUUAGGAAUGUCCUUAAUUACUUUGACAACCCGAGAAUCAACCAAGAGGACAUCUAUGAAGCAGUUAAGACCUAUUUGGGAAGCAGCAGCUAUGAGCUGAUCUCUUUUAAGUUAAUCCCAUUGGACGAACAAAAUGGACAUCUAGGAGACUAUUUUCGGUUAAAAGUGGUUAUUAAAUCCAAUGACAAGCUGGAAAAGUUAGAUUGGUUUGCCAAGUUCUUGGUGCCACACUCGGAAUACACGAAGCAAAUCCUCGUAAGGGGUCCUUCGAAAAAAGAAGAGUUCUUUUACAUGGAAUACUUACCCAAACUGAAGCGGCUGGGAUUAUCGGAUUUUGCCCCAAACUGUUACUUUUCACGAGUGGACGACGUCAUCGUUCUGGAUGACGUGUGUGCCAGCGGUUUUACUGCACUAGCCCCGCACACGUUACUACAGAAAAAUGAAUUGAGAUUAACCAUAAAACAACUUGCCAAACUCCAUGCGGGUAGUCUUAUCCUUGAAACAACUGAACAGUUGGCAACAGUUUAUGGAGAGUACCUUGGUGAAACCCUGUUUUACUUAGGUACCCCCGAAUUUAAUCAAUCCUUCGCAAAAAUCACCGAUUCAAUGGUUUAUCUUAGUUCAGUAUUUAAAGACUUAACGGGGAAAUAUUCUGAAAGUGAGUUGCGAUUGAAAGCAGACAACUGGUGCAAAAUCACUUUGGAUAAACUGAAGAAAUCCGAUGAGCCAGUGAACGUGAUAUGCCACGGAGACAUGUACGUUGCAAACUUGCUAUUUAAAUUCCGUGAUGAUAAAAGUGCCGAAGCUGUUAAGCUGAUUGAUUUCCAGUUGUUGAGGUAUCAGCCUCCGAUGUUAGAACUGUUAUUCUUGCUGUUCCAAAACACGCCUAAAGAAAUCCUCGAUGAUAACCUCGAGAGUUUUCUUGAAGAAUAUUAUGAGAGCUUAACAGGAAUUUUGCUCCAACAUAACUUGGAUAUCCAGCAAAUACUUCCGAGGGAGUAUUUUGAGGAAAGCAGGGAUUCAAUGGCAGUGUUGGCACUUUACAUGACAAUGUAUUACUCGUCCGUGUGCGCCCUAGGACCCGAACUAAGAAAGGACAUAUUUGCUGGCAAAUAUGGCGAUAUUUAUUGCACUAAUACCAUAAUAAGUGUGGGCAUAAAAACUGAGAAUUACAGAAACGUUAUGCGGGGGAUUUUUGCGCGUUUCAUUCAAUUUUGUGACAAAGGAUUAAUAUAAAUUAUAGAGUGAUAUAUUGUAUAUAUAAAUAAAUUGAUCAUGCAGUA